AUGGUUCUCGUCGCCCAGAAACGAGAGGCUGCGGAUUGUCGGUCGCCCUGGGAGUGGGAAAAGUACUCUUGCUGCGUUCCUCGUCAGAACCUUGUCGCAGUCUUGCAAUACGAACCAAGUAUGGCUGACCAGAUGCUGAGUACUUACCAGCACAGUGGACGAGCUGUCUUGGACUCGGUGAGCAUGGCUUCUGAUUUGUACCAACAGACGAUUACCCAUCUCGAAGGUCCGAAGUGUUACUUCAUUAUAAUCGAUGAUGAUGAAAAUGAUAUAGAUUAUUGGCGACAGUCCCUUUUCCCAAAGGAUGACUCCGCGAGCAGAGCUCAAGGAGGAGUCAGUCGCAGAGAGGGCCCGAACAAGCGCGCUCAGUAUAAAUUCUUGUUUACUCGAAACAGGGAAGACAGCACCGCGUCCUCUCAUCUGCUGCGUCUAGACUCAAGAAACAUACUGAACCAAAUUCUCUCUUACGUACAAAGACGGAUUAAGGGGAUCCCGUCCAUUGCGAACACCGGACUGGCAGAACAGGUUGCGAACAGAAUUUCAAAGCAGGCCGACGGUCUGUGGUUGUAUGCACGGCUACUGAUGGAUGAUAUUGCGCGGGCGCCCAGCCGCAAAGCCGUCACAGCGUGUCUCUCAUCUCUACCCCUGGGUCUCUCUGAGCUUUAUGACCGCAUAAUACAAGAGAAUAAUAACCGACUUUCUGAUUACGAACGGAGAUUCGCCCGUUGGUUCUAUGUCUGGUUAGAUAUCAGCGACAUUUUGCCUGAUUUUCUACUUCAGGAGGAAGACCGUCUACCCCUUCAGAUCAUGGACACUGUGUUCCAGUACGCUAAUGAUGGGGAGCCUGUGUUUGACACUCCUGGAUUAGCAAGAAGACUGGCCGGCCCUUUGGUGGAUGUUCGUCAGACGAAUACAGGUUACGAAGUAGCAGCUGUCCACCAGUCCUUCUAUCAAUAUCUUUCGCGGGGGAGCAUUUGGACGGAUUCGGACAUAUUACUGCAGCCACCACGGACAAGGAAGUUGUCUCGAGGAAUUGCGGCCGUGUGGUAUUUCACCGAGUGCUCAGAGUCGCAGCAGCACCUUGACGAGUUAAGAAGUGAUUCUUCAGCUCCGAUCAGCUUCUACAAAUUUGAAUCCCACUUCCCCUUCCAUUACGCUCUAGUGCAAGCAUUGACAUGCACAGAAGUCUGUUCUGAUGAAAAUGCAUACGACACUGAGUCCUCAGAAGAAGAUGUGAUGGUUCAGCAGCUCACCGAAUUCCUGGCGUCCGGAAAAUGCCUGCGUUGGUUCGAAAUAGCAACCAUGAUUAACUUUUCUGGAAAUUUCAGCGAGCUUCUUGACAACGUCCUGGGUGCACUCGCAGAACUGUCUGAUAAACUUUCCAAAAACUGCUGUGAAUCUACGGCGUUGGCGGCCUUUAAUGAACACCGCGUGCUGUUUUUCGAGAAUUGGAAAUAUGUGCUGUUGAAGACAACGCCCUGGGACUCUCAUUCCCGAAAGCCUAAUGUGAUGGAGCCAUCUGGAUUUAGUGAAGACCCGACAUGUCAGAAAAUGAUGGAAAUUGCGACGAGAUGCAGUGAAGAGGCAGACAUCUUCUCUCGCCAGGAUGAGAUCUUAGAAAGAGUGAUGGGCGUGUCCACCGAGCCGUCAUGCUGCAUCUUGACUUUGAUAUAG